AUGAAUUAAUUUAAUAAGGAAGAGUAUUUAUUUUUAGCUAAGAUUGCCUAGUAAACAGAAAGAUUUAAUGAUAUGAUUGAAUUUAUCAAACAAAUUGAUGACUUAGAACUUACAAAAGAAGAACGCAACACACUUUAAUCAGCCUAUAAUAAUGUGGUAUAGAAAUCUCUUAAUAGCAUUAGAUUGGUAUUAAAAGAGCUGAAUUAAGAGUAUUGUAGGAAAUAGAAGAAAGAGAAUCAAAUAGGUAGAGUGAUGGAUAGGUCUUAUUAUAUAUAAAGAAUUAUCUAAUUAAAAUUGAAAAAGAGUUGUAAUAGAAAUGCUAGGAGAUAAUUAUAUUAGUCAGAGAUAAAUUAUUAUAAAAUGCUAAAUAAACUGAAAGCAAAGUGUUCUAUUUAAAAAUGAUUGGAGAUUAUAAUAGAUAUUUGGCAGAAUUUCAUUUGGAGAAUGAUUAACACAAUUCAAUUGAUCAAGCAAAAGAAGCUUAUAAGUAUUAAUCAUUUAGAAUUAGAGAAGCCGUUCUAAUGGCAUAAACAAAAUUGUCUCCAACAUUACCAUUGUACUUGAGAUUGAUGCUAAAUACUUCUGUAUUCAUAAGUGAUAUUUUAUCUGAUGUUGAAGGAGCCAGAGAAUUAGCAAAAGAAUCUUUUGAAAAAGGAAUUUUAUUUUUGGACCAUGUCAAAGAAGAGAAUAUCAAAGAUUAUUAAUGUUUGUUAUAAUUGCUUAGUGAUAACAUACAACUUUGGGAAUAAGAAUCUAAUCUAGAAAUGAAUAUAUUAAAUUAAUAAUGAAUAAAUUUAGUAGAGAAGAAUUUUUAUUCUUAGCUAAAAUUGCAUAACAGACAGAACGAUUUAAUGAUAUGAUAGAAUUUAUUAAGCAUUUCUUGGAUCAAGAAUUAAAUAAAGAAGAGAGAAGCAUUUUAUCUGCAGCUUAUAAAAAUGUGGUAUCUAUCAAAUUGCUUAUUCAAAUUUUUAGGUGGGUAAUAAAAGAGCAGAAUUAAGAGUACUCACUGCUAUUGAACAAAAAGAGUCAAGAAAAUAAACUGAUCAAUAUACAUUAAAUUAUAUCAGAAAUUACAAACAUAAAAUUGAAGGUGAACUCAAAAAUUCAUGUGCUGAAAUACUCAAUUUAAUUGAUAGUACUCUCUAUCCAAAUGCAAAAUAAGUUGAUAGCAAAGUCUUUUAUUUAAAAAUGAAGGGAGAUUAUAAUAGAUAUUUGGCAGAAUUCUUAUUAGACAAUGAAUAUCAUAGUGCUGUAGAAUAAGCUACACAAUCUUAUAAGUAAUUUAUUUAUUAUUAAAAUAUAGAGAGGCUGAUGUCUUGGCUAAGUCAAAUUUAUCAACUACAUCUCCAAUUAGAUUGGGUUUACAUCUUAAUCAAUCAGUAUUUUAUUAUGAAAUCUUAUAAAAUGCAACUGAAGCUAUUAGAAUAGCUAAUGAUGCAUUUGAAUAAGCUAUUGCUUAGGUUGAUACAGUGAAUGAAGAGAAUUAUAAAGAUUGCACUCUAAUUAUGCAAUUAUUAAGAGACAAUUUAACUUUAUGGAAUAAUCCAGAAGAAGAAGCUAAUGAUGAUUAAUGA